GAAGAUAUGAUAAUACCUCCGGGGCCGAAUACCAAAUCCAAGGACGAUUUACUGCCAGCACCGGAAAUACUAGAACUUAUUGAUGCGCACGUCAAAGAGACGCCCAGUGAAGUAUGCGCAACUGUAGCUACUCUUGCAGACUAUUUGACUCGUGAUUUUGACGAAAGAGUAGAGAAAGUUAAAUCCAUACACAGAUGGAUAACUACCAAUAUAAGAUAUGACGUUCAAGGCUUUCAGACACGAGAAUUUGGAAAGUCAUCUGCAGUUGACGUUCUAAGAAAGAAAUGCGCCGGUUAUCUUGGUUAUUGUAAUUUAUUUGCAGCAAUGUGUAGAUCCAUUGGAAUACCAGUAAGAACGCUACAAGGCUAUGGGAAAGACGACACGAAUAUUGAAGAAGUGGCGUUCGAUUUACAAUCCUCGGAUUUAAACCAUGCAUGGAACGUUGUUCAUAUUGGGGAUGAAUGGCGAUUUGUGGAUUGUACCUGGGAUGCCGGUUAUAUAAGCGAUUGCGGUAAAUUUAAGUGGUUGUCUAAUGACUUCUAUUUCUUGACAAAUCCAGAUUUCUUUGGUGUCAAACAUUUUCCUUUUAUUAACGACGAUUUAGAAACUAGUAAACAAUGGCAGUUAGUGGAGGAACCUAUGGAUCUUGAAACAUUUUCCAGAAGAGCUAUCUUGCAUGAAUAUGCUAUGGAAAAUGGUAUAGGACUUGUUACACAUGGAGAUACUUUGAUAGAAGUGAUCAGUGAGACAACCAUAAUAAUCAGUGGUCCAAGCAUACCAAUCGAGGACAUUUCUUGUGAGAUGGAAGAAAUUUACCAGUUUGACAAUGUUGUCCAUGACCAGUAUACCAUGGCCGAAAGAAUGGGACAUGAUGGGCUCAAAAUAAAGGUCAAACUUCCCACCAUCACGACGUAUAUACUUAGGAUAUAUGCAAAGAUGUUUUCUAAAGAAAACGACUUUGGAAAAGUGGCUACUUACAUUGUGAAGUGUUUGCAAGUUUCUAAAGAUAUGGAGCUAUUUCCGUCUCAUGGAAUCUGGGGUCCUGAGCUUUAUUACAAAGAUAUAGGGUUUGAAAAAGCAAUCGUAUAUCAGUGGUGGUAUGAAACAUCCUGUGGAGAAAUCGACCUGUACAUACCGGUCUGGAAGUCAAUGGAAAUAGUUCCUAGACUGCAGUCGUCAGAGGACAUUGAUGAGGUUGUGAACAGCGUACUAAUUCAAACCGAUGCUCGAUCAAUCGUCGCUAUAGCGCGCAUGCCUAAAAGAGGAAAUUACAAACUGACCAUAUCCAGAAAAAUGCCUGAUGGAUCAGACCUUCCCGCUAUUCACUAUCUCAUUACAUGUAAACACGGUUACAUACCCUAUAUGCCCUUUCCUAUAGCAUACCCAGUUGUUCAGCAGUUUAUGAUAACGCUUGUCGAACCGAAGAAACGAUUUCUUCCUGCGCGGAGUUACGUAAGAUUCCGUAUCAUUUCACCAUUGUUACAAACUAUUCGUCUUGGGGAGCAAACGUUCACGAAACGUAUAGGCGAUAAGUGGGAUUUCACUGUUGUGACUCCAGGCCCGGAAGAGGAUUAUAUGCUAUAUGGAGGAACUGCCGACUUCCGGACAAGUAUCCUUUGUUUCCGCACCAUCCAUUUUGUACCGGAACCUCAUGUUUGUGAGAGACUGAUAAGAACCUCACAGUCACGUCGGAGUCUCAAUAAUGUAUAGGCAAUAUGCAUUAACAAUCAAUGCACUAAUAAAUGUUGACA